UUGUACUUGAUAUAGGCGAAAGAAAAUCAUUUGAACCCGAAAUGAAAAAGGCGAUGAUCCGAUAAUGUUUAGUCGUAGUCACAGUAAGACAGGGAUGUGCAACGUAUGUAUAUACGUAAGAUUGCAGCUCGUAGAUUAUUUGUAGUCGUUGCUAUUGAGAUGGUUUGAUAGUAGCCCCUUCCCCGCGCAUAUCUUUAUAUCGAGACUGAAUGGACAGAGAGAGCAGCCUCCUCUAUGAGAUAAUACGCCUGGUUGUACCUAAGUCAUUCAGGCCUGAAGUCGGAUCCAUCGAAUCGCGAGAGAUCGCGCGAGGUGAGGGUGGACACCGUAGGCCCCUGCAGUCAUGCUCACCAUACAAAACGACAUGUCACCGCGUAAUGGCUCGUGCGUGGCGGAAGUAAGCUCGGUGAGGAGUCUUUCGUCGGACGAUGUCUCGGCGACGAAGACGAACCGGAAGAAAUCCUGCUGGGCACGUGCCACGGAUCCGGCUCAUCGCCGUGGACGUCGAAUUCAGUUGUUGCAGAUGUUGGUUUUGCCAUUCAUACCGAUCCUAGCAUUGAUCGUCCAGACAGCUAAUACCCUCCACGAUAUCUUGAUCUAUCGGCAGGAGGUCUCUGACAUCGAAACGCAGGUAACAAUCGCCACUGAUUUGGGGAAGGUUGUCACGCGGAUGCAGCUCGAAAGAUCCGAGGUUGCAUUCUUUAUUUACACCAAUGGCAACACUCUAAGGUCAAACUUGACGCAGAGGUUCGCCAUAACUGAUCAAGCUCUUCAUAACAUGACUACGUGGCCCCUGGUCUCGGUGCCGAGGGAUGAGAGCAAGACGCAAGCCUAUGACGUGGUCAGCAAAGAGGCUUUUCAAGCACGCCUCGAGGAUUUCAGGCAGAAGAUAAGUUCGGAAGAGAGCAGCAUUACCGAAGUGAUGACAUGGUACACGAGCGUGAACGCGGCUAUGUUAGACCAUCUAACUAAUCAGAUCAAAGAAACGGAUAAUAGCGGAGUUUGGAGGUAUUUGAUAGCUUUUAAAAAUUUACUGAGAAGUAUCGAGAGUUUGGGUAUUGCUUCCGUGUACGGAAUCAAUUACUUCGGGCGUGGAAUCCUUCUCGGGGACAAUUACGUCAGCUAUGUUCGCCACGAAGCACUUGGACGUGAUCUCCUCAACGGAUCUCUCACAUACGUGCCUUCUCUCAAGCAUUUUUACGCCGAACUCACCCGCACCAUGCCAGAUUACGGGAGGAUUAAAUCCAGACGAGAUGAAAUCCUCCAGAACCGGAAGAGGGAACCGAAUGUCGAAGACGCGAUCGCUUAUUUCGAUUCAAUGGCAACUUACGUGGACGAACUGCGAAAACUUCAGAAAGAAUUACGCCACAUGAUUAGAGAUUAUGUGAACUCGACUUUACAAGACGCAAGUAACAAAGAAGCUGCUGGGAUAGCUAUAGUUGUGCUAGUGUUGGUCGUCUCUCCCAUCAUUAUAAUAUUAGUGCGUAACGCGGUUGCGACGAUUCAAAUGUAUGCAGCUAAUCUGGCGCAGAAAGCCCGGGAACUGAAACAAGAAAAAGGAAAAAGCGACACAUUGCUUUUUCAAAUGUUGCCACCCAGUGUUGCUCAACAAUUGAAACAAACCCAACAGGUUCCAGCAGAAUAUUACGAAGCAGUAACAGUAUAUUUCAGCGACAUUGUUGGGUUUACAGAAAUUGCUGCGGAGAACACUCCCUUAGAAGUUGUCACCUUCCUGAAUUCGAUCUACAAAUUAUUCGAUGCUCGCAUAGAAUGUUACGACGUGUACAAAGUUGAAACUAUUGGCGAUUCGUACAUGGUUGCAUCUGGGUUGCCCGUUAGAAACGGAGACAAACACGUAUCCGAAAUAGCAACGAUGGCCCUUGAUCUCUUGGCAGCUUCGUCGGUGUUUCAAGUACCGAAGCGACCCGGGGAACGGCUUCAAAUACGAAGCGGCGCCCAUACAGGACCCGUUGUUGCUGGAAUUGUGGGCAGCAAAAUGCCUCGUUAUUGUCUUUUUGGGGAUACCGUAAAUACGGCUAGUCGUAUGGAAUCAACCGGAGAAGGUAACCCUUCAACUUUCCUAUUCAUAUACACUUUUCAUACACAUAUUUUAAUCUUCACUUAUUUCGCGCCUAAAGCCCUGAGAAUACAUAUCAGUCUAGAAAUGAAGAAGGCUUUGGAUGCUGUGGGAGGUUUCAAAAUUGUACGCCGUGGCUUAGUCGACGUUAAGGGAAAGGGACUAAUGGACACAUAUUGGCUGGAAUGUAAGGACGGUGGUAUCGCUCGUGCGGCGGAACUGGAUUUGCCCUCGUUCUUCGAGGACGUGCGACCAGUUUUCAUACGUCGUUUACGAGAGGAAGGCACCCUUUGAUGCGAACC